AUGCGCCUAUUUCGAGAUUUUCUCUAUGGGGGGUUGUUCCUCAACACCGCUCUUUUCUCCCAACUGGCCCGCGCCAUCGAUCUGGACAUUAACAGCUCUGUUAAAGAUGCCGCUAGCAAGACCGCCUACGGGUCCAUGACCUGGUAUCAUGGCAACGAAACUGGCCAGAUCCCCGGCGCGUUUCCAACGAAGUGGUGGGAAGGAAGCGCCCUGUUCAUGAGCUUGCUUCUCUACUGGUACUACACCGGGGAUUCCACCUACAAUGCGGAGGUUCGCCAGGGCAUGCAAUGGCAGGCAGGGGACUGCGAUUACAUGCCGGCGAACUACAGUAGUUACUUGGGUAACGACGAUCAAAUGUUCUGGGGUCUUGCCGCCAUGACCGCUGCCGAGAUCGAAUUUGCCGAUAGCAGCGACGGAUAUUCCUGGCUCGCAUUGGCCCAGGGCGUCUACAACACGCAGGUCGAUCGAUGGGAUAGCUCCACGUGCGGCGGCGGUCUGCGCUGGCAGAUCUGGCCGUACGAAGCUGGUUACGAGAUGAAGAACUCGAUCUCCAACGGGGGCCUAUUCCAACUCGCUGCUCGCCUGGCACGGUAUACGAGUAACGACACAUACGCUGACUGGGCCGAGAAGAUCUGGGAUUGGUGUACCUCGACCCCGCUGUUGAACAAUGAGACGUGGAACGUCGCCGACUCGACAGAUAUCAGCAACGGCUGCACCACGCAGGGAGAUAACCAAUGGUCCUACAACUACGGCACAUUUUUGAUGGGGGCCGCGUACAUGUACAACUACACCAAGGAGGCGAAAUGGAAAAGUGCGGUCGAUGGACUUUUGAACAAGACACUGGAUACCUUCUUCCCGACAACAUACGGUGGAAACAUCAUGUCUGAGAUUCUCUGCGAGCCGGCUGAGGUGUGUAACGACAACGAGAUCCUCUUCAAGGGCCUGGUCACCGGGUGGCUCGGAUUCGUCGCUCUGGUCGUUCCAGCGACCUACGAUACCAUUUUGCCCAAGCUCCAGGGAUCCGCGGUGGCAGCCGCUGCCUCUUGCAGUGGAAUGACCAACAACACCUGCGGCGUUCGCUGGUACCCGGAGAAAUGGGAUGGAUGGAACGGAAUGGAGGAAGAGAUUGCCGUCACCAACGUGCUCGCAUCUUCCUUGAUCAACACCAAGAAAACAGCGCCUGUGACAUCCAGUACAGGAGGAAACAGCACCAGUGACCCGAACGCAGGCACGAACGACAACACCGGCUCCAGCACCACGUCCAGCAAGAUCACCACGGGCGAUAAGGCCGGCGCAUCCAUCCUGACCAUUGCCUUUGUCGGCAUGUGGGGGGGCAUGAUCGCCUGGAUGCUUAUCGGGGGUUAAAUUUUCCGACCAAAAUGGACUAUCGGAAUAGACUGGUUUGAUAUUAUUUCUAUGGCUUGGCUUGCGACUCUUUAUUUGUAUUUACCAAUUCUUCCUUGUAAGGAUGAUUAUUGUUUUUUUGGGUGGCUCUGGGAAGGUAUAUAGUGUGUACAGGUCUGCAGUUUUGUUUUUGUCAUGUGCUUUCUCAUGCAUGUAUAUACUAUAAUCGAGAUAACCUGGCUUUUUGUCUGGGUCAAUGCCAGGAUGCACAUUGUGUUUAUACUUGCUUUCCUUUCCUGGUUCCAUCUCAGCGACGAGUAGUCAUAUCUACCUUGACCUGAGACCAACUUGAGCAGAAUCACAGAGUACUUACUGACUCUGAAACGACAAAGCAGAUGCAUG